AGUGAAGGCAAAUGGGACAAUAAAUUCCAUCUCGGCGAUGACAGUCGCUCGACGUUCUCUUGAAAGUCUUCCCUACCCUCAUGAUGGCCAAAAACGUCAUUACCUACAGCGUCCAUCUGCGCAGCCGCACUUUACGCUGACGUCAUCUAUAUUGAUGCCUAAUACGCAUGCGCUGAACAGAUGCAGUCGUUGACGGCAGCAAGUGUCGCCAGUUUGCAGUCUGUCGACUUGCUCGUUCAACGGAGAGAAUUGCUAGCAGCGUAUAGGCCUCCAGCUUUGCGAAGCGGCCGUGUCGACCGCGUGACAGAGGAGAGACUGACAAUCGUGCCUCAAGCGAAUACAGUUUUUUUCGGGCCGGUCGGGUCGGGUAAGUCGUCGCUGAUCGGGAGUCUGUGUAGAGCAGUGAAGGAUGAGUCAGAGUUUCCGGAGAGGAUAGCGCGCUUGUUGCAUCACAAUCCUCACAGACAGCAGGGCGGAGACACUCACGGCACUCUGAAGUGGAUGGAAACGAAGGGAAAUCGUGCGGGAACUAUUGUGUAUCAAGACACGAGAGGAGAUCAGGCUUUCGACCGUCGAGAGCGUGUGGUUCACACGCAGGCGUUAAGAGGCUUCUUCAGAGACGACAUGCCGCUUGAUCAACACCACAUCUUUUCGUCCUAUUGGUGGUCCGAGCGUUUCUUUUGGGAACGAAGCCUCGACGUUAUACCUCACGCCGUGGUUUUUGUCUUUGAUGGCUCCCUGGAACCGUUUGUGGCCGGCGAGAGUUUGCCAUUUUUCAAGCGUGUAUUUGAAGACUGCACAGGCUUUGGUUAUGAACCGAUUGUGGUCAUCACAUGCUUGGAUCUCAUUCAUCAGAAUGCCAUCAUAAAAGGAUCAAAUUUUGACGUGGAGAGAAGCAACAAAGCCGAUCUCAUUCUCGCCGAGUUCGAUCAUCUGAAUCUAAAAAAGAGCGACAUCUAUUUUGUGACAAACUUUCACGAACGUCGAGGCGGUCGACUUUGGUCUUCAGACGACGAAGGAUUUCACAAAGCUACUAAAGAGUUUGUCGAUCUGGCGGUCGAAUUGACUAAAGUAGCAAAUCGGUUUAUCAAACGACGAGCAGAUGCAAAUCAUGUCUGUACUGUAUCGUGAUUGGUCGGUUUGAUUUGUAUAAAUUAUUGUAUUUUUGGAAGUUUGCUAUAUAUUCCAAGGGGUGAAGGAUGAACUUUGCUUUUCAGUGAUUAGACUCGAAUGUCAGGAGAUACACUGUGAGUACACAGUUAUGCAAUACGACAUCUUGUCGGGUUUUCUAUUGUAACGGUUGUCUCAUAAUUUAUUCAUGUUCUGUGGAUAUGACUGAAGUAUAAAUUUAACAUGCAGCUGUGCAGGAAACUGGUGGAUCGGCCGA